CCUACCAAAUAAACUGCAAAUGCAAGUCAUGCUUGCAGUUGAAAUUUCAAAACCGAUCUUUGAAGUUCAGAAAUCAGACAUAUAGGAGAAAGGUAAGAAACCUAAGGAGGCAACUUAGUAGAAAAGUGGAGCUUCUCAUACAGAUCUCAAAGAGAAAAAUGCAGAGAUUGUGAAGGAAGUUGAAGAUUCCAGUGAAAAUGAACUCAUCCUGAGUGAUGAGUCAGACUUUGUAGAGGGUGAAGAAAUGGAUGAAAGCGAAUUUGAAGAAUUGAGAAGUAACAGCUCAUAUAUAUAAUGCAUAUUUUUCUACAUUUUAUUAAAGGUUUCAAUUGCCAACCAACACAAGACUGAAUGUAUUCACAUAUAAUACUCACUUUAAAAUUGAAAAGAAUAUGAUUGUGUUAAAAAAAUAUAUACAGACUUUGAUGUGUGUGUAACUAUUUUUCAUUGUAAGUGUGAAUUCUGUUGAACCUAAGGAAGGAAGUAAAGUUCAUCGUAUCUCUGUCCCAGCUCAUUCUGCUAUUUCAAUUUUGCCCUUCUUCCAAAGAAGAUCAACCUUUGGUUGAGACAAAGAAAGUUUGAACUAUGACAGAAAUAACUACAUCAAGUGCAAGCUGCAAGAAAAAGGAUAAUACGUGGAAGAGCAAAACUACAGUAAGAGGCAGCAAGAUACCGGCUGGAAACCUGUUGCUGUCAUUUGCCAUAUUGAUGCUGGUAGAACAGCUACUAAAGUAUUUCGCCUUUUUAGACACAUGGGAUUAGCAUGCAUUUCCAUGAAAACUUACUUGAAACACCAACGAGUAAUUAAAUUUGCAAUUUUCUCACAUGUAAAGUUUUUUUUCUAAUUUCCUUGUUAAAUUCUUUAUUAUAUUUGUAAACAAUUUAUUACUUGAAAUUAAUGUUAUUUAGAUUUAAGAUUAAAGCUAAACAUUGACUUUAAACUCUAAGUUAUGUAUUUAUAAAGAAUUACUUUUUGUGGUAUAAGAAAAUUAAAGCCAAAACAUUUUAAUUGUUACAGGAAAAACUUUUCCCUUUAAUUUCUCUAUGUUGGCAAAGAUUACAAAUGAAAAUGUUGAAUGCAUUGAGAGAAACAGAUAGACAUAGAUUAAAAAACUAUAAGCAGUUAAUGGAAGCAAUUUAAAGAAAAUAAGAGUUUAAUCAAAAGAAGAGCCACUGGAAUUCACUUCUGUUGGGUUUAUUGAAAUUUGCAACAUUCAGUCCUAUUCAAUGAUUUAGAUUUCAAUCUUUAAUUGCUUGAAAACAAUAAAUAUCAAAACCACACACAACCUUUUGUAAACUGAGGACUUCUUUUUCCAGAUUCAAUUGCACACAAAAAAGUUUGUGGUGCCUUAAACGAAUGAUAGGCUGGUGAAAGUUAUCAAACAGGCAUCACCUCUUCAGCAGACAAGCAUUGUUGAGAGAUUUCACUCUCUCUAAAAUCACUUCACUUCAAAAAUGACUGCAUUCUCUUAUACAGGAAUUAAGUGCAGGCACAUAAUAGCUUCUGUUCAUCUUAACGCAAAUGUGCAACGUAAAGAGAACAUGCUGCCAGAUGGGUUUGUUCAGCUGUCAGUCCAUUGCCCAAAAUUUAAAAAUGGUGAAGCAACUGUUAAAUCUGUCAGUGAAAUGCCAAACUUUGACUAUCUUGAUGAUAUAUUUGCUGCAAUUCUUUUGGGCAUAUCGCAUGCUUUAUUACCUGCAUUAGAGAGAAAAUUGGAACAACAGGUCCCUGCUCCAAUGCACUCAACGUUUGACGAAAAACAGAGGCACAAAGAUGCUAUUUCAAAGUAUGGGGUAAGAAAGCAGCUGCAAACAAUUGAGGUUUCAGGAACAUCAUCUGAAACAUUUGGGGAGGUUGCUCAACAGAGUACUGCUUCACAAGAAAGGAAGAAGCCAGCAACCAUAUAAAGGUCAUAAAAAUGUCCUAACCUGUCAAAAAAACUACAAAAACUAACAUGUUAAUUUGAUAUAUACAUUUUUUUAUUGUAAAAAUUGUAAAUGUAUAUUGUAAAAAAAAUACUCUGGGAUAAAAAACUUUUCUUUAUUUGUUUUUAUCUCAGGCCACUUUAAUUGUAAUUUUGAUGGUAAAUAUGCACUUUUUGCUUACCUACAAGAAAACUAGACUAGACAAGUUUAUUAACAGAGGAAAAGACUUAGGAAGCCAGAAAAUUUUUGUUGCAGUUUGUUAUGGAAGUAUGAUUUAUAUAUCCAUGUCCUCAAAGCCAGCACUAUCUUCUGUACCGAAUAAUUUGCUAAUUGCAUUAUAUGCACAUGCUAGUAGUGGAAUGCGAUUUUUUCCCAGUGGUUCAUAAAUUGGAAGGGACAGCUCUCAAAUUCCUAAAAAAGAAAUGCAUGGUAUAUAUUUGCAAAUUAUUAUAACAACAAUAAACUUGAGUGAAAUUGAAUCAAGGGUAUUAAAACGUUUUAUAAAAUUGUAUAUAGUUUGUUAAAUAUUUUAUAGUUAAUCUUUUCUUUAUGUAUCCUUGUUAAAUGUGCACAGUAUGUAAAAGCAUCAGAGACACUUCUUCUGUCUUUGUCUUUUUGUAUCUGGUUUUGUCCCUCUUCCAGUACUUGCUACCAGCCAACCUCAGUGUCCAUCGGUCCAAGCAGCAAGAAUUGAACCCUGGGUGUAAAGUAAAACAGCCUGGCUUGACAUGCAAUCAUCCAGGAGUGUGCUAUCUUCAAGGGCUUGGCUGCACUUUUCCAGUUUCUUGCAGCAAUAGCAUUCCAUUGGGCUCUUCAAUAAAAAUACGUUACAUAGUCCACAAUUGAACCUAAUGGGAAGAUAUUUAUUUGCUUUCAUUAAACGGAACAAAAGUACGUCACUUGCUGUUAUUGCAAACCUUUAACUCAUUGAUAAAAAUUUCUGAAAUGCAAUACAAUUUAAUGGAAUUUUGUAUAGAGGAUCAUAACACAAUUUAACUUUCAAAAACUUUAAAAGCUGGUGUUCACUUUAAAUAAAUAGCCUGCAAAAUUUUUCAUGGGUUAUAAUCUCAAUGAAUGAUGGUGAUAAUCUCUUCUCCAAUGGCAUCAUUGAAGGUUUUGGGAGCCCCCAUCGCUACUCUUUUCAAUAAUUGUGGUUUGAGACCCAAAAUUAAAUGUUCACAUGUUGUCAUUUCGAUGAUAUCAUUGCUUACAUCAGGCAGGAAAGACCCAAAAACCAAUUUUUGAAUGGACGAGGCAAAUUCGUAUACACUUUCCCUCUUUCCUUGCUUUUUUUUCCAGCUUAAGAGCUAUACGCAGACCUUAUCAUAUCUGCCAAACUAAAUUGGUCAAUCAGCGAUUGCUUGAUUAGGUGGAAAUUUGUCUUGUCUACUUCUUUUAUUUUUUCAAAAUCGUCUACAGCAGAACCUCUCAAAUAGGAAGAAAGCAUAUUGCCAAAUUUUUCUGCAUCCAAUUCAUUGGCUCUCUCUAUACUCUCAAACGAUGCCAACCAAUAAACUACGUCAUCAUUAGAAUACCCAUAACAUUUGUUUGGCUUCGCCAAAAAGGAAUUGCUUCCAAAUGAAGAAUCAAAUUGUUGCGAUGUGGCGAUGUGCUGGGGCCAAGUAAUGCGUUUUCCUCAGUAGCUGUCCUUGUAAAUCUAAUCCUUGGUAGUUCAUGCACGGCUAAAGGCUAGGUACCUUAUUCACUUAGUCCCUAUUUAAUCGAAUAUCCCAGACGACUGUCACCAAUUGUGAAAGGCAGUCAGGCUUGAGCAGUAUAGAAAACUACAUGUUUCACCUUGACAGUUUCAUUAAAUCAACAAUACACAUUACUCAAGUGACACAUGGAACACAAGUUAAAAUUCUAAUUACAAACUACUGUUUAAUUAAAAAGCCUUAGGAAACACGUGAAGACCUUGACCUAUAAUAUUUUACAAAACAGGAAAAGUCACUAACAUGAUAUAAGCUUUAGCGACGAUACAAGAGAAGAAAAACAUUGACGUAAAGGCAUGAAGGUUUUCCUUGCCAUGUGGCCAGGCCUUGUGACAGCAUUCGCCAACGCCUUGGCAGAUCGAGCAGGAAGAGCCAAGACAAAAGCCAAGAUCGAAGGUUUGCUUGAAACUCUACAAUCAUACAGGUUCUUUUGCAAGUUAGCAAGUUAUGUGGAUAUUCUGGAUGCUUAAGGUCCAUCAUCGUUGGUUGAAGGGGAAGGUGUAAUGCUAUAUGAAAUUGCAGAAUCCAUAGAGAAAAUGAUGUUUGAGUUAGAUUAUCUGGAAGAGAAUGCAGGAACUGACAGAGAACUCCUGAACAGCCAUAUUGCUAGAUUCAAAUAUGAUGAAGAAGCAAAGCAAAUGAUAGGCAUUUAUCUUAACAAGGGUCACGGGAGAAGAAAAGCUGCUAACCGAGAAACGUUUAAAUUUCAGGAAUAUUUUAUUCAAAAAAUUCACGCGAACAGGCAGCUGCUGCUAAAAUAUAAACUGUUCAAAAAUUGAAAUCUGUUCUCCAAAAACAGUUCCCGGAAACAAACAAUGAAUUGUUCAUAUCAAUAGAAAUAUAUGAUUCACAGUAUUGGACGGAUGAUAAAUGAUUAUGGUAUUCUGGAGCUUCAUUGCAUUUUAGAAGAUUUUCAGCUCCUCUAUCAGCAGCAGGUAUCAGUGAGAAGGAUCUUUUCACUGAAUGGGGACAAUUUCGUAUUUUUGCUACCUGCCAUUUCAGCGAUCUUUUCUAAGAGCCUAAAAAAUUAUGGUGUUGUGUCUUAAAUUUUUUGAAGAUUGGAAUUUUCUAAUCUGUGCCUCAUAAUCGAGCUGUUAACAUGUAUUGCAGGCUCAAAUUCAACUGUUGAAAGAGCAUUCAGUUUGCUGACUCUUCUUAAAAUUCAACUGUUGAAAGAGCAUUCAGUUUGCUGACUCUUCUUAAAAUUCAACUGUUGAAAGAGCAUUCAGUUUGCUGACUUAUCAUAGCAAUCGUUGAUUGAGGAUGCACCACAGCACGAUGGAAGAUCUUUGAUUACAAAAGCAAACGAUAAGCACUUGGUCCAAGUCAGAAUGCAAGGGAAUAAUCAACCGAGCCAUGGAAAUGUAUUUGGAGAAAAGAAGAUAGGUGCAUCUUGCAAGCUCUAAGGAAGAUGUAGAUAUAGAACAAGAACCCAGCAAAAGAAGAUGAGUGGAAGAAGUUGUUUCUGAUAGUGAAUCAGAAUCAGAUAAUAGCAAAGAAUUUUCCUGUGAUGAAGAACAGUAGAUCCAAUAAUGUUAUAAUUUGCUGAAAAUGUUAUUUUCCUGUUUUUGAAAGCAUUUUCUUUAGUCAAAACAUCUGUGUUUUCUUUUUACAGAUGCUUCAAAGCAUUUGCAAACCAGUUUUAUGAAUCGCAGAGAUCGCCCACCUGACACCAAUGAGGUGGGCAAUUUAUCGUCGGCCUACUCAAAUUUUAUGGCAAGGCCUGCAAUAUGCCUCUCAUUCUCACUAGUUUUCUCAGAUGGUAAAUUUUUAUACGCUUUGCCUCAUCUUCAUUUGCUUUUUUCUCUUCAUCUGGCAGUUAUUUCCAAGAAAGUCUGACAAACCUGUUUUGCUCUGAGUUUAUUAAACCAAUUUGUUUCCCUGGAAUGAAACAGCAAAGUACAAGAUUUAUAUGCUGCUAAAAGUUGAUGGAAGAUCGCAAACAACUUUUUCUCUAUACCUUGCUUAAACUGCUUCAAGAAGAAAACCAUUCAUACUGCAAGUUGUAAAAAAUAUUGCUUUAUAUACACUACUUGCCAAAAAUAACAGGCCACCCUGUAGUUUGGAAGAUAUUUGCCUAAAAGUAUACCUAGGUAAAUCAAAAUUAGUGUAAACUGUAUUAGUGUAGAGAUGUGUGGUUGUAACGGAAUGUAUUCAAUGCAACUUUAUAAAGAUAUAACAUAUUUUACCAAAAAUAAAUUUUCAGUAGCUGCUAGAGCCUCCUUCUGUUUUAUGAGUGCCAAAAUAUGCCUGUUCAUUCUAUUGAAAGGAUUCGUAACAUAGUCCAUGGGAAUUCUGUAUCAUUCCAAAUUCACAUUUUUUAACAGUUCAUCUUCAUUUCUAAAUAAACCAUCUUGAGCUUUAUGCCAAUAAAGUCCUGAACAUGCUCACUUGAGUUCAUAUCCAUUGCGGGCCAUGACAGUAUUGCGAGCCAUGGCAAUAAUGGUCUCUUCCCAUCCAUCCAUUCCUUACCAGUAUUUGCUGUGUGACAUGAUGUCUUAUCCUGUUGAAAACAGAAUCAUCAUCUCUAAAAUGAUCUUUUAUUAAUGACAGAGCACGGAAUUGUAAAAUUUUAAUGUAAUGAGCUGCAUUAAUUGUAUCCUCAAUUUUGUGUAGACGGCCAACAUCCUUACUUGUAAACCAGCCCCAACCCAUUAUCUGGUAACCUCUAUAUUUUACAAUUUCACUUAAGCACCAUAGAAAAUACUCCUUUCCUCUACUUGUUCUUACAUAUACUGUUCUGUCACUAUUCACAGGGCCGUCGCUAAUCACUUUCACUUAGGAGGGUGCCAGUCACAAAUUUGCCGACAAAAUGGGGCAUGGCCUAAGGUAUUUCAAUUUGGGGGUGUGGUAU